AUGGUUAGAAGAUCAAGAAAACAGAAGAAACAGAAAAGCAGUUCUAGUUCUUCUUGGAGUCCAGAAUCUUCAGACAGUAGCAGUGACUUGCAUUAUAGUGCAAAGUUACCAAAGAAAAAGGCAAAAAAAGACAUUUUGGCUAACCCCAUAAAAGGCUAUCUCAGUGAAGAUGACACAAAUCCUGAAAGUUCUUCAAUGAGGACAAGAAGAAAACGAAAGUGCCAAUCGAAAAAGGAGCAAUAUGUUAUAGAUGAACCAUCUUCAUCUGAGAAUAAUCAAAGUUCUGAUGUUUCAAGUGAGGAAAAGUUUAAAUGGGGAAGAAGAAAAAGAGCAACGAGAGGUAGAACUAGGAAUUCAAGAAAAGGAAAUGGCCAAAGACAGAGGAGAACAACAAUACUUUCAUGGCUAAUAGAUUGUAAGGUAAUUCAAGAAAAUGCAAAAGUUUUUGUCAUGGAAGAAGGGGAGCCAAAAACAAAGCAGGGGAAAAUAAGGAAAGAAGGCAUACUUUGUUCAUGUUGCUAUAAUGUUUUCACAGUAGCAGGCUUUUAUACUCAUGCUGGCGGCAACAACAACAACAACAUACCUAGUGUAGUCACACAAGUUGGGUCUGGGGAGGGUAGAGUGUACGCAGACUUUAACCCUACCUAUAAGAAGGCAGAGAAGCUGUUUCCGGUAGACCCUCGGCUCAGUACUCAUGCUGGAGGAACAUCUAGUAAACCUUAUGAGAAAAUUUUCAUUGCUGAAACAUGCUCUUCUCUCUUGUCUUGCAUGAUUCAAGCUUGGGAUCUUCCAGAAGAACGUAAUUAUCGUCGAUUUAAUUUGAUCGAAAACAAGGAGGAUGCUAGUGACUCUUCUGAUGAUGCUUGUAUGAUUUGUGCUGAUGGAGGUGAUCUAAUAUGUUGUGACAAAUGCAGCACUACAUAUCAUUAUGUUAAGUGCUUGGGACUAGAGGAGGUUCCUAAAGGGUCGUGGUAUUGCUCAUUUUGUGUCUGCAAAUUCUGUGGUGAUCCUGCUAAUGAAAAUGAUUAUUUGCUGAAAUGUUCUCAGUGUGAGAAAAAAUAUCAUUGGGAGUGCCAUCUAGCCAGAGUGAAAAUCAGCAUAGACAUUAACAACCACCCACAAGGCACAUUCUGUGACAAUAGCUGCAAUGAGGUCUAUGAUAAUUUGGAGAGGAGCAUUGUUGGUGUUGAACAUGAGCUCGAAGAAAGCUACAAAUGGACUGUACUUAAGAACACAGAUGAUGGCUCUGGGAUUAAUAUAGAAGACGAUUAUCAAAGAACUGUAUGCCAUUCCAAGCUAGCCGUGGCACGAAGACUUAUGGAAGACUGUUUUGAGCAAAUUACAGACAGACAUACUAGAAUUGAUGUCAUUAAAAGUGUGGUCUACAACUGUGGAAGGUUACGGGUUCAGUGGAAACAGCCUCCUGCAGAAAUGCAGGACAAGGUUGCGUCAAAUUUUAACAGGGUGAAUUUCAGGGGUUUUUACACUAUUAUUUUAGAAAAGAAUGAGGAAAUCAUUUCUGCAGCAUCCAUAAGGAUCCAUGAAACAAAGCUUGCUGAAAUGCCCUUCAUUGCAACAAACAAGGAAUAUAGGAGAAAAGGAAUGUGCAGAGAGCUUAUGGUUACCAUUGAAUCAUUAUUAUUUAUUCUCACUUUUUAUGGACGGCUAGCAAUAGCUGAGAAGUACUUUGAGCUGAUGAUCUUAUUUGAUGCAGGUCCUUCACUAUUUGAAGGUAGAAAAGCUGGUAAUUCCAUCAGUAUCAGAACGCAUAGGCGCCUGGGUUGCUAA